CCUGGAGCAUGUUUCUCAAGCGGAAAAACAUUAUGCAAUAUUGUCAGUCUCAACAUGGACAUUAUUGAGACAAGCAGAAAUGCAGAUUUCGAAAGGGCAACUCGUUUAAAUCGCCUUCUACUGAACAUUAUUGGAAUUUGGCCAAAUGCUCACAAAAAUGCUUAUGAUAAAUUCUUUUCAAAUUUACGCGCAGCAUUCACUUUUAUCGUUAUCUUUUUUGUUGGUACAAUUCCUGCAAUACAUUCACUAGUAAGAACUUGGGGUGAUCUGAUGUCAAUGAUAGACAAUCUACAAGUUACUCUUCCAUUAACAAUGGCCGCAAUAAAACUCAUCGACAUAUGGUGGAAGAAAACAGAUCUUCUAAUGGCCAUAAAUAUGAUUGCUGAAGACUGGAUAAAAGACAAAACCAGUAAAGAACGGUGCAUUAUGAUAAAGCAAGCACAAAACGCCAGAAUUAUCACAAUAGUCUGUUGUUGCUUCAUGUUCUUAGGCAGCACUUUAGUCGUAAUUUUACCUUGUUUUGGAAUGACUGUAAGAUAUAUUACAAAUGUCACGGAUCCAGUUAAAAUAUUACCUUUCCAAACUCAUUAUAUCUAUGACAAAAAUCAAAGUCCGUAUUUCGAGAUUAUAUUUGCCGCUCAAUUUCUCGUUGCCUUAAUGUGUGUUGCAUCCUACACCGGUGUGGAUAACUUGCUCGGAUUAUUGAUAUUUCAUUUGUGCGGCCAGAUGGAUAUUCUUAAAGAAAAAUUAAUUAAUAUAAAACAAUUUAAGAAUUAUAACGAUGGUGUAGCCCUCAUCGUGAAGGAGCACAUACGGCUAAUCAAAUGUUUUUGUAUUAUCGAAAGUACGUAUACUUUACUGUUACUCGGACAACUAAUCUACUUUGGUAUAAUAUUCUGUUUAUAUGGAUUUUUAAUUCUUGUCAUACUUACAGAAGGAAAACAUAUGUCUCUAAUGCGCUUUAUGUAUCUUGUGUCUGUAGCGAUAAAUAUUUGUGGACACAUGUGUCUUUUUUGCGCCGUAGGUGAAAUGUUAAUAUCAAAAUGCGAUGACUUACACCAUGCAGCUUACGAGCACAAAUGGUACAAAUUAAAUCCAAAAAAGGCAAAGAUUUUGGUUCUGAUAAUGAUUCGAGCUAAUAAGCCUCUGUAUAUUACGGCUGGAAAAAUGUUUCCUAUGACAAUGUCGACGUUUUGUAACUUGAUAAAAACAUCCGCUGGUUAUGUGUCAAUUCUAUUAGCAAUGCAAAGUUAAAAAGUUACAAAUAUCAAAAAUUACGAACAAACAAUAAAGACUUAAUAUCUAAACGGAAAAGUGAUGAAUAUAUAUCUAAGAAUAUAUAAUAUAUAGGAAAUAUAUAAGAAGAAUAUAUCUGUAUCUUAAUUAUGUAUUUAACAUAAUAUUAUAAUGGAUGUACAGAAUUAAAA